AUGGCCAUCGAUGCAAUGGACAUUGACAGCUCCCCUGUAACAGCCACAGAGGUUGAGCGCAAGCGCAAACACAAGAAGCAAGAUGUCUCGUCUCCAACCAAGAAGCGCAAGCAGACCGACGAUGUCAAAUCCAAAUCUAAAAAGAAGGACCAGAAGUCCUUGUCAGAAUCUUCCUACUCUAAUUCCAAGUCUCCCUUCUCGCUCACAAAGGCUACACUAUACCUGCCUCUUGCGCCUAUCUCCAUCUCGCCAACUCAUGCGCUGGCUUCCCUCCAGGCGGAGCAUCUCGCCCCGCUGCUCUUAACCUACUACCCCCCUCUGAAGGGUGUGGUUAUGGCCUACUCCAACGCUUCAAUCUCCAGCUUCCCACCUUCCUCUAAAUCCAACCAGUCCAGCACAGAUCCCAAUCCUGCCCAAUUGACUCACGCCAAGACGGCCGACGAGUACGGCGUUCUAUACGUCUACCUCACCGCGACGUUCCUCGUCUUUCGUCCCCAACGAGGCCAAACGCUAGAUGGCUGGGUGAACGUGCAAUCAGAGGGUUUCCUCGGCGCCGUUGUCUUCAACCUGUUCUCCGUGGGUAUUGAGCGCAAGCGCCUCCCCAAAAGUUGGAAGUGGGUUCCACCAGGCGAGGAAGGCGAGACAGAAACCGACACCGCUAAGGAGUCCAUGACAACGGACGAUGAGAACAGCGGAAACGAUAAGGCUUUCUUCGAUGCCGAGAAGGAACAUUUCCAGCCCAUCUCACUGGCUGCGGACGAGCUUGGUCUCGAUGGUGAUGAGGAGGAGGAGGCUGGUUCGGGUCACUUCCAGUCUGUGUCUGGUCACCGGGUGCGUGGCAAUGUGAAAUUCCGUGUUGUCGAUGUUGAUGUCAUUCCGGGCUCGGAGCGGGACCGUGGCUUUUUGAGUAUUGAGGGUACUAUGCUGGAGCCCGCUGAGGAGGAGAAGCUUGUCUUGUCUGAGUACCAGGGUCAGUCGGUGCCUGCUGCUAUUCUUUCAGAGUCGGCGUCUUCUACCGAUAAGAAGUUCAACCGGGUGAUUCCUAUUUCUCUUUCGCCGCCAGCUGAGUCGGUGCAGGUGGCUGAUAUUGAAUUGGAGGAGCCAAGUGAGAAGGUUGAGAAGGUCGAGAAGAAGGAGAAGAAGGAGAAAAAGGAAAAGAAAGAAAAGAAGGAGAAGAAGGAGAAGAAGGAGAAGAAGGAGAAGAAGGAGAAGAAGGAGAAGAAGGAGAAGAAAUAG